CUCUGGACAGCAAGGAUGCAGGAAGGAAGUGGAAUCCUGAAAGAGGGCUUCCUUGUUAAAAAGGGGCAUGUUGUCCACAACUGGAAGGCAAGGUGGUUUGUUCUUCUCCAAGACAGGCUGCUCUAUUAUAAACUUGUGGGAGGAAAGAAGGAAGCUUCUCCAAAAGGAACAAUUCUUCUGGACUGCUGCACAAUCACCUGCCCAUGUUUGGAGUUUGAGAACAGGCCGCUGGUUAUUAAACUGAAUACAAAAAACAACACCGAAUAUUUCCUCGAUUCAUGCUCCAGAGAAGAACGUGAUGCUUGGGCAAUGGACAUCACCGGUGCUAUUCAUGCUGGCUAUCCAGAACAAGUCCAGCAGCUUCACCUUAUGAAAAAUUCCUUCAAACUGCCUUCAAAUAUCAGCCUGAAUCAUAUUGUAGAUAAAAUGCAUGACAACAGUAGCGGAGUUAAGCUGAUGCCUAACACUGAACAAGGCAACAUGUAUAAAGAAAGCUUUACAGGUGCUGCACUGGUGGACUGGCUGAUUUCCAACCAAUUUUCUGCCUCCCGGCUAGAAGCAGUCACACUGGCCUCUGUGCUGAUGGAAGAAAAUUUCACCAAGCCCUUGGGAGCCCGGAGUGUUGAGGCCAUGAGGAAUGGUGAUCUGGCAGAGCAGUUUUUAGAUGAUUCCACUGCACUCUAUACAUUUGCAGAAAGCUACAAGAAGAAAGUCAGCUCAAAGGACGAAUUACAUCUUAAUACUCUUGAACUGAGUGGCACAAUUGUAAAACAAGGCUUCUUAAUAAAACAGGGGCACAAGAGGAAAAACUGGAAGGUGCGGCGUUUUGUCCUGAGAGCAGACCCUGCUUUCCUGCACUACUACGAUCCCACUAAGGUGCAACAACACACUCCGAAUACUUUAGAUUAUUUUCUGCAUGACAUAAAAAAAAACAAAGCUAACAUCAUUGUUGAGUUCCUUCUUAUACUGACUUCUGUGAGGCUGGGGCCAUCACCUCCUACUGAUGCCACCGUGACCCCAAGUAAGGGCCAUGUGCAAUCUGCCACAAGGAGGCAUCUGGCACAACCUCACUCACAUGGAGUGAAAGGAAAUGUGCAAGGUAAUCUCUUCAAAAUCAUCACUAAGAAUGACAUUCACUACUACAUACAGGCCAGUUCCAAGACAGAAAGAGCACACUGGAUUGAGGCCAUCAAACGGCUAACUUAAGAACCAUGCAAAAGUAUAUCUGGACAAAUGCAGAAUCCAACCAAGCUGACUGCCAGUUGGGUAUAUACAAUGGUUGGCUUUGAGAUGUAUGAUACAUACUACGUUUUACCAUUGGGUCAGAUUGGCCACUUACUUCAUUGGGAAAGAUCAUGGCGGAAGCAAGAGGAAAUGUCAAGUAGCCGCCCCAAGGCCAUUUCUUGGAGCCAGAGGAAGGGGCAAACUACCCGCUCCCAGCAAUUUCCACUAAUGAAAACACUGCAGGAGGGAAACUGAAAGCCCCUCCUCCCCACUCUGGGACUAAAUGGAGCAAUGGAAUGCUUUCAAGGUAAAUUCCCACAUUUAUACAUGUGGCAGUAAGUUGGGUCAGGCAUCUGUUUCCCAACUUAUGCUACCUAUAAUGUCUAGUUUGACUCUCAGUUCGCUUUUAUCUGGACUCCUACCAUUUCCUGUUGUACAAGGAUAUGCCACUUUAUAUUUGUUGUUCUCAGUUUUUAGAUGGUUUUAGUUUUAUUUCUGGAUAAUAGAUAUUUUCAUUUUUUUAAUGCAAAGAAUGCUUGGAGAAUACUCUCACUGAAAAGUUAUGCAUAAAUAUUGUUAAUAGACAUAGAUAAUUGGUCCAAAUAUUUGAUCACUCUGACUGGGAGCAUCUCCUUGUGGUCUCAGGAAAAGGUUUUCCCCAGCUUCAUUUCCUAAUUUUCCUAAGGGGUUAUUUCUGAGGAGCCAAUGUGAAGUUUGCCUUUUUAUAAAUUGCCACUGGCAGUUUUCUCUUGAAGCUUCUAGCUUCUGCUCCUAAUCACCUCUGUAUGAAUAAAGGAAAAAUAAUUGAAGUGUGUGCCCACAGCAGCUCAAUGGCCAGUAUGGCUGUCAGUGCUGUAGAAAUUUCUUCAGCUCUGAUGGGCAGAAGUGCCUUUCAUCAGGAUAGGAGAAAUCAUUGCUGCAUUUAGCCAUUGUAUCAUGUAUUGUUCCUUCAUUUCACUUGCAGAAGAUCAUUUUUUUUAGGAUUAUAAGGCUUGAGAUUUGGAUGUAUACAGUUACUGUCAUUUGAACUACAAACUGCCUGCUCCCAUAUGAAGUUAUUCAACUGCUAAGGCCAUCUUCUGAGGCCCUGCUUCAGGUGCCUCCACCUUCUUUCUCCGCUGUGGCACCAAGCCAUGCCUGGC